AGAGCGUCCGCGCCGCCCAGCCCUACGCGUCAGCCCCGUGCUCCGGACAGACAGCAGUGGAACUCGACGAGAUGGCCAAGAUGGGCCCCGAGAUCUGGACGGCGGCGACCCCGGACGAGGAGCAGCGCGUCUACGCGGGCGUGGAGACGGACGCGGCCAGCGUCAAGCGCGACGCCCUGCAGCUGCGGCAGUGGCUGCGCGACGAGCCGCACCUGCCCGACCUCACAGACGAGGACGACGCCUGGCUGGAGCGCUACCUGGUGUGCUCCAAGAACUCGCUGGAGCGCGCCAAGCGCGGCCUGGACUGCUACUUCACGGUGCGCUCCGAGGCGCCGGGCAUCUUCGCGGACCGGGACUCGGAGUCGGCCGCCUUCAAGCGCACCUUCGACUUCACCUACGUGGCCACGCUGCCCAAGCUGACCAAGGACCUGCACCGCGUCCACAUCCACGCGUACGCGCCGCCCGAGUCCUACGGCGGCGACAUGGCCGACUUCAGCUUCGAGGACCUGUACCGGCGCCUCAGCAUGACCAUGGACAUCAAGUUCCGCGAGGACCUGUGCGCCGGCGAGGUGUGCGUGCUGGACUUGCAGCACAACACGGGCACCCACAUGGCCAAGCUCACCGCCACGCUGCCCUUCGUCAGGAACUUCUUCGCCUGCUCGCUGGCGGCGUACCCGGCGCGCAUCCACCAGAUCCACGUCAUCAACGCGCCCUCCUACAUGAGCACCAUCGAGAGCCUCAUCAAGCCUUUCCUCAAGAAGAAGAUCCAGGACAGGGUCAUCAUCCACCCGCCCGGCCUGGACAGCUUCUACGAGCACGUGCCCAAGGCCAUGCUGCCCCGGGACUACGGCGGCGACGAGGCCUCCCUCAAGGAGCUCAGCGACAAGUGGCGGCAGAAGAUCGAGGCGUACCGAGGCUGGUUCCUGGCCCAGGAGGGCGUCAAGAGCGACGAGUCCAAGCGCGUCGGCGACAAGAGCGCCCUGGCCGAGGAGAUCUUCGGCUGCCAGGGCUCCUUCAGGCAGCUCACCGUCGACUAGCCAACCUUGUUUUCCCCUUUUCCACGCACAAAAUAAAAUAUCUCUUGUUACAAAA